ACCCUGUAACACCCCUUGUUGUAAAAUUACAACGUUACCUUUAACCAUCCUAAAAAACAAUCUGUUAUAUUUUAUCUUAUUUUUUACCACAUUUACAUAGUCAUUGGGUCCUAUUGUUCAGUCUCACAAUGCUAUUGGAUCGUACAUUUGUUUAUAAGUCACGCCUUCUGGCCAUGAACUCACACAACCUCUCAAGGUUUCCUUCGAACAACAUCUCUUUGUUUCAUUGGACUGGAUUCAUCAGAUUCAAAAUGCCACCAGCAAGGAGAGAUCCGCGAUACAGUGUGCAGGAUGUGAUUGACAUGGUCCAAACUGGAGAGAGUGAGGUUGAGAUGGAACUCAAUGACACUGAUGAGAGUGAUGAAGACUCAGAUGAAGAUGUCUGUCAACAAGUGGACAAAGAAACCCAACCACCCAUGGACUGUCCAGCUGAUAAUUACGUGGACAUUGAGCCAAAAACAAACAAACACACCAUGCCCCGUGACAGGUAUUGCUGGCUGAAAAAAGAUUUCAUCAGUCCCAACACUGAUUUUUCUGGUGUGGAUAUCACAGGAGAUGACAUUUCCCUCCACACACCAUUGGAAUACUUCCGGAAGUUUGUGUCCGAAGACAUGGUUGAGGCUCUGACACAAAACACGAAUGAGUACAGCUUUCAGGCGCAUGGAACAUCUGUAAACACCACUGCAAAGGAAAUUGAAAAAAUGCUUGGCAUGUACCUGAAGAUGGGCCUGGUACAAAUGGCUGGAACCCGUAUGUAUUGGGAGACAGAGACACGGUACUCCCCUGUUGCUGAUGUGAUGCCACGCAACAGAUUCCAAUCCCUGUUGACGUCGUUACAUUUUGUAAACAACAUGACAGUAUCUGAGACGGAAAAGAAAGACAAACUAUGGAAACUCAGACCAUGGCUUGAUUCAUUCAGAGAGAAAUGCCUGCAGGUGGUACCAGAAGAGCACAACUCUGUGGAUGAGAUGAUGAUUCCUUUCAAGGGGAAAUUCAGCAGCAUCAAGCCAAACCCAUGGGGAUUCAAAGUGUGGGUGAGAACUGGAAUCUCUGGCAUGAUGUGUGACUUCGAUGUCUACCAAGGCAGUGUCAACGGAAUUCGAGCCAAAUCUGAACUUGGAUUGUCAGGUGAGGUUGUGAUGAAACUUGCUUCCACACUUCCAGAAGGUCAGAACUACAAAAUGUAUGUAGACAACUACUUCACCUGUGUUCCAUUAUUAGUGAAGCUCCUUGAUCGGGGAAUUCAUUACGUGGGAACAGCCAGGCAGGUGCGCCUACCCAACUGUAACCUAGAAGACGAGAAGAGCUUGAAGAGAAAGGGGAGAGGAAGCUAUGACGUCAGAGUGGAGGGGAAUCACAACAUCUGUGCUGUCAAAUGGUAUGACAACAGGGCCAUCACACUUGUGUCAUCCUUUGCUGGACCAGAACCUGUGCAGAAGAUUCAACGCUGGGACAAAGCCAACAGAACCUACAUUGAAGUUGAGAGGCCUUACAUUGUUGGUGCCUACAACAAGUACAUGGGAGGUGUGGAUUUGUUGGCCUCAUUUACAGCCAAAUAUAAGUUCCCCAUCAAAUCCCGUCGCUGGUACAUGUACAUCUUCUGGCACACCAUCAUUCUCGCUGUGGUCAAUGCCUGGCUCCUCUACAAGCGGGACUGUAAAGCUCUCAAGGUGUCUAGCAAAGAGACAAUGAACAGGAGACAGUUUCAGGCACAGCUAGCAUCCUCUCUCAUCCUGGUAAAUGCAACACUUCAAACUCCAAAGAGAGGAUGGCCAUCUUCAGGCAAAGGGAGCCCAGAAACACAGACAGUGACAUCAGGAAGCCCUCUGAAUGCUCAGAAGAAGAGACCAUCCAAGAGAUGUGCACACCUCCCAUUGGAUGUACGCAAGGACCUAGUUGCACAUUUCCCAAGGAAGACAGGGAGAGGACGCUGCAGACACUGCAACAAAGGAUACACCAACACGCAAUGCAGAAAGUGUGAUGUUCGCCUUUGCUUUUCAGAGGACAGGGACUGUUUUUGGGACUUUCACCAGUCAGAAAGUCAGUCAUGAAAAGAAAAAAAGAGGGAAAAAAAGCUAGAGUUUUAUCUUGUUUAAUCAUUUUUUUAAAUAAAUGACUUCAUAAAAA